GCAGCCUCACUAGCGUCGCUUUACGGCCGAGGAGAGGGUGGGUCCUCGCCUCGAGGAAAGACGCCGAACUGAGGGGCGGGGAAAGAGGCCUUUUGCGGCAAGACCGCGCCCGUUCUGUCCUCGCCAUGAGGCCGCAGCAGGCGCCGGUGUCCGGGAAGGUAUUCAUUCAGCGAGACUACAGCAGUGGCACACGCUGCCAGUUCCAGACCAAGUUCCCCGCGGAGCUGGAGAACCGGAUCGAUAGACAGCAGUUUGAAGAAACAGUUCGAACUCUAAAUAACCUUUAUGCAGAAGCAGAGAAGCUUGGGGGCCAAUCAUAUCUUGAAGGCUGUUUGGCUUGCUUAACCGCCUACACCAUCUUCUUAUGCAUGGAAACUCAUUAUGAGAAGGUUCUGAAGAAAGUGUCCAAAUACAUUCAGGAGCAGAAUGAGAAGAUAUAUGCUCCGCAAGGCCUCCUCCUGACAGAUCCCAUUGAGAGAGGACUCCGAGUUAUUGAAAUCACCAUUUAUGAAGACAGAGGCAUGAGCAGUGGGAGAUAAACCAUACAAUUAAAGAUCCCUUCUCCAGCUGGGACCCUCAUCUAUCCACUGGCCGAUCGCAGAGUGUCCCCUACCUCCUCUCCAGAGCAUCAUUCCUUUGUAUCUGCUGCCAGAGCCACGGUGCCAUUUACUCCAAGGACUAACUUUCUAAAAUUCCACACCUGGAGUGACCUCUAGUCGCUCAGCAUCCACUUUGUGUCUCCAAAUUGUGUAGGACUCUGUAAUCUUUUGAUUAGUUUCUGAGAAAACACAAUGAAGCAUUUCACUUUUUUUAUUCAAAACCGUAAAUAAAAUAAGCCGUUGGUCAGUCCAACACAAAGUUGAUUUCUUCCCUGCCGCCAGGACGGUGUUCCCUCGUUCCUGGGGCCAGCUUCCCAGGUGGCGUGAGACUUCAGCGAGUCCCCUCUCAGCCAGUGUUCAGACUUCUUUCCCCCAAAGUCAGAAAAUGCUUUUCUCCAGGAUUGGGGUGAAAGGUAGGCUGCGUCUGUGGCUUUGCUGACGCGUCUCUCAGAUCUCAGAGAACUACCAGUUUUGCCAUGGCCAGAAUCUUAAAGAUCUAUUUCUGCUGUUCAGUUUCUCCAGCUGAAAUUCAUUGGAAAAAUAAUGUAUGUUACUUGUUUUAUUAUAGCAAUUAUUCUUAAUUAAAACAGUAUUUAAUGCAAUUUCCAGUUAUUUUUCUUUGGAGAAUUUUAUAUUUGCGUUACCUUGAAUGUUGGGAAGAUGCAGUAUGUGUUGUGUGUUCCUUACAACAAUAAGUAAGCACAAUAAAGUGGAUGCUAAACCAUCAAACACAUAAAUGUCCCUGCUGUGUCCCUGAAUGUGUAAUAAGCAAGUAUAAUAAAUAUUUUAAUUAUAGUUUUGUUAUAAAUAUAACUUAUGAGAAAAAAAUUUGAUAGGAAUAAUACCAUAUAUUGCUAAUUUUUAACUGUCCCUACUGGCAAACCUUAUGAUUCAUAGACUUUCCUCAUAUACAGUAUUCAGUGCACAGAAAUCUUAGGAUUGGUUCAAGUACAGUAAGUUCAGUGAAUUCCAACUAAAACUCUCAAGUCCAAGUCCGUGUUUAUAGUUCUUCUGGCUAUAUGUUCUUAGUGUUAAGGUUUCCUAGGCCCUUCAUUCAUCUUUGGGGUUUUGAGAGCACUGGAUUUGCAAGAAAGUUAAGAAAUAUAUUAGGAAAGAAUGAAACAGUUUAAAGUUUUACUUUCAGAGAUACUGUAGGUGCUAAUACUGGAUUUAAUCUUUCAGAUUUAGUUUCUUUUAUGGAUCUGUUAGUUAUUCAGUAAAUCCCAUCCGUCUGUGUAAUAUUUUAAUUGUAUAAAAUUCCUUUGUUACUUUACAGCCUGUAAUAGUGUGUCUGUCUGCCUUUUAAACCUGUUGCAAUAACUUUGCUGAAAUAAUAACACAUUAGUAAAACUUUUCUUAAACAAA